AUGCCGAUCGUCAUCUUGGCGAUCGUCGCGCUCGGUCUGAUCGCGCCCGUCGAUGCGUACAGUUCGGUCGCCGGGAGCUGCGAACACGCCGGCGUCGUCCACGGCAUCGACGCGGCGCCCCCGCAGAAGGGCGACGGGGGAUACAAACUUCGCAUCGGCCAUCCCGGGGUGAACGUCCCUGGCGCGACCGUCCCGGUGGUCCUCACGGGAGCUGAACCGCACAAGGGUUUCCUCGUCUACGCCGUGGAUGACGACGAGACCAAGCCGUUGGGCGGAUGGGACAACGCCGCGAUGCCGGACGGAUGCCAGGCGCAUCCCCAGUGCUCGCACGCGGCGACGCACGACGCUUUCCACAACACCGGAAUCGUCACCGACGUCCUCCCGUGGAUCGCCCCCGCGGAGCCCUCGGAUCUCGCAAAGGACUCGGUGAUCAAGUUCAAGGUGACCGUGGUCCGGGACUACGAGACCUGGUUCGCGUUCGAGCAGACGUUCGUCGUGGGAACCGAGGAGGGCGCGGGCGAGAAGGGACUGACACUCGCCGAGCCCGGCCGCGCGCCCCGCGCAAACGGAGGGGGCGGCGGAGGCGGCGGCGUCCGCGCGCCGUCCAAGGGCGCCGCGGUGCUCGGCGGGUGGGACGGUAAGCCCACGGGCGGCGACGAGCCCGCGCCGGUGACCCAGCCGGUGACCCAGCCGGUGAUCCGCCCGCACGAGCGCGCGAUUCAGGACCCGCUCGCCGCCAACGCCAUCGCAAAAAAACCAAAGACGAACUCGGCAAACGACGGCGAGGCUCCCGGCGCCGCCCGCCGCAAAUCCGCCGGCGGCGGUCGAAAGGACCUGACGGAUCCCGCCGGACCCCUCAGCGAGCGCGAGCGUCGGCGCGCGGCGCGGCUCGCGCACGGGCUCGCCAUGGGAGCCGCGUGGCUCGUCGCGUCGCCAUCCGCCGCGUUCGCCGCUCGACACGGACGCAAAAAGAAGUGGUGGUUCAAGUACCACCGCAACGCGAACGCGGGUGUCGCGGCGGCCACGCUCGUCGGCGCCGCGCUCGUCCUGGACGCGAGGGGAUGGUCGACGCCGUGGGGUUUUCACGGUAAGAUCGGCGCGACGGUGUGCGCGUUGGUGGCGGUCCAGACGCUGGCGGGAUUCUGGAGAAAAUCCUUCGCGAGGCCGACGUGGGCCAAGUGGCAUCGGAUCGUCGGCGUCGGGACGUGGGCGUUGGGGGCGUACAACUGCACGACGGGCGCGGCGAUGUUGGCGUGGAUGGAGACGGACCAGGCGUGGGAGAGACCGACGGCGUGGGCGCUGCUGUUGGCGUGGAUCGCGGUCGGAGCGUGGGCGGAGUCGAGGCGUCGAAGGAGGGUGCUGACGCUCAAGCUGCAUCGAACGGCGUAG